AUGGGGUCAUUCAACAAGACAUAUGACCGGUUUCAGGAACAAGUUCUCUCGUUUGAGACGCUUAAACUCGAAAUGAACGAGUUUUUAAGUGAAAUGGAUCAUAAAUUAUCAACAAAACAACAAAUUAUAAACCAACAAGAACAGGACCAUUUACAACAGAUUUCCAGUUUGCGCAAGGUAGACCAGGAUUUGGAGAACCAGCUAAAGUUGUUAGAUUUGAAAGAGCAGGCUAUGAGGCAACGUUUAGAACGAGAGAUGAAGAGUUUGGAACUGUUGAAAUCAAGAAUUGAAAAUCUUAUAAUAGACAAGGCCACUUUGCUUAAAACUAAAGAGCAAUUGGACGACAGUAUACGACACGUGAAUGAGCUUAUAGGGCAAAGCAAGCAGGAAUUGAAUUUGUCCAAUGAGUCGUUGAAGAAGCAAAUGAAGAUCAAUCUGAUUGAAUUGGCCAAAUAUGAAAUCUAUUCAGGAUUGAUUAUUAAUGCAAUUGGUAUCAAUUUGAUUAGUUUUGGUUUUACUUAUAUUGAUCUGGAUGAUUUGGAUCGGGAAUUUACUAUUGAUUUGAAUAUAUCCGGGGAAGACGAGGAAAAGGUAGAAGAGAAGGUGGAGAAAGAGGAGAAAGAGGAGAAGGUGGAGAAAGAGGAGAAAGAGGAGAAGGUGGAGAAAGAGGAGAAAGAGGAGAAGGUGGAGAAAGAGGAGAAAGAGGAGAAGGUGGAGAAAGAGGAGAAAGAGGAGAAGGUGGAGAAAGAGGAGAAAGAGGAGAAGGUGGAAAAGGUGGAAAAGGUGGACCUCGAGCCUGAGCAUGAUCCGGGUGAGGAGCAAGAGCUGGGUGAAAAUGUGAAAGGAUGGACUAAGAUCACAGUAGAGAGAAGUGAUCCUGAGUUGCCCAGUGACUUUCUCGAGAUGGCUCAAAAGGUAUUGAAUGAUGAUGGUGAUUUGGCUAAAUUUUUGAAAGUAAUUAGAAAGAAAUUUGAAGAGUUGGCAGUAUGA